UGAUGUUCCCGCUCAUUGUUCCAUCAACAAGAAAUUCGAAAACCGAGCUGCAAAGUUCAACCCAAUUCUCACUCGGAAGAAGAAGAAGCAAUUCAACAACAAUGUCGAAAGAUCCAAUUUCAAGCUUCUGCAACGAAUUGGAAUCAUUCUGCAAUCAUCUUCAAUCCUCUUCCGACGCUCUUAUUCAAUCCAUUCAUCGCAGACCUGUUCCUCUCAAUUCUACAGCAUCUACCUUCGUACAAUGCCUCAACCGCCGCGUUUCAACUGCAAGUGCCGAUCUCGAAUUGCUCGAUUCAAUGUCUGGUACAGUUUCGUUUGAAGAGCUUUUAGGUCACUGCAACGAAUUGUACAAGAAGAAUCAAACCGAUCUAGCUGAACUCGAAGAUCGUCUAAAAAGCUGCUACGGUUACGUUCAAGUUCCUGAAAUUGAGGAGGAAGAUGAAGAUUACGACGUACAAGCGCCGCAGGUUUUGGAUGAUAAAUUGGACAGUCCCUCUUCUUUCUAUGGAUCACUCUCAAUGGCCGAUUCUGGCUUCAAGAAGUUCGAAGAAGAUGCUUUAAUUGAUGAAUCUUUAAGUUUGAAACAGCUUGGGCUAUCAGAUGCAUGUCUAGCUACUUUAGCAUCUGAAGGUAAUGUAUCUUCACAAGAACUUGAGAAAGUACCUAAUUUAGAGGGAGACAACGAGAAUUUGGAGUCAGCUGAAGCUACCAGCUCCACUUUAAAGAUAUUAAAGAGCGAAUUUGAAUGUCUUCCUCCCUAUAUGAAGGGUCUAGCAUCAUGGGAGGAUCUACUUGUGGCUGUUGAUAAGAUUAAUUCAAGCCUAAGCAAGAAGACCGAUGGAAGUAACUUCUUCCGUCAAGAUGAUAUUUCUUCAUUUGAUUUAGGACCUAAAGCAAGAUCAUAUUUGCUGCUUCUAGUGCGCAUGAACCGUAUGGUCGUUGAGACGGUUGAUGGUCUAUUAUCAUACAGAAUAUUGUAGAUAUGAGAUUCAACGGAAAACAUUUUACUUCUUCUGAUUUGUCCUUUUUUUAGUUGUAACUUAUGUUCCAAGACAAAGUUUAGUCUCAUCGAUUGAAAUCUUGAAUGAUUUUGGAUGUUUAAAAUAUGAUCCAUUCCUUUUGGGGAGAUUCAGUAAUUAGUAAAGCGUCCAAUUAUUCUUUCUGCUUGUAAGUUGUAACCAAAGUAUAAUAUUUAUCUUGUUAUUUGGUAUUGGCAAUGUUAGUUGAUGCAAGAUAAGGUGAUUCAGGUUU